AUGAGUUCCCCACCGCAAAAGCCUCAGUCGCCAGCACCUGAGGCAGUUUCGCUAAAGAAAAAGGCCCAGUCAUGUACGCCUGGUCCUGCAUCUCCGGUCACGGCAAAAUCCCCUACACCUGGUCCCGCGUCUCCAGGUACUGCAGUGCCUGGCCUUCUGUCUGGAGCCCAUUGGGCUGAUGUGGGACUUCCGGAGGAGAAUCCAGAGAAUGAUUGGGACUCAACUCUGGGGAGCGAUGUCGAGAGUUCUACCGCAUCGAUCAGUUCGAGCAUCCUGAAGUAUCGGAUGAUUAAUGGCCGUACCUAUCACAGUGACAGUGUGACAGACGGAGAGUAUUGCCAUCACAUGAUCACCCUUCUCUUGGACGGCGAGCUUUACUCGGCUCCUAUUACGGAAGACCCAAAGAACAUCCUCGAUAUCGGCACAGGCACCGGU